CUCAAAGGCUCUCUUCAUCGGCCUGUAACAUGCCACCUGCCUUGGAAAUUGCUAUUAAGCUACUGGAAAAAUUGCCAAGACCUCUACGCGAAACCAUCAUGCCAGACAUGCGCAUCCCGCCAAUAUCGAAUAAUCCUUCCAAAGUACAACUCGUUAGGAUAGCUCACGUGCAUUUCGAACAUCCUGACCUGGAGAAGUUCAGCGAAUUCGCAAAGGAUUUCGGGUUUGUAGAGGCUCACAGAAUAAAUGGCAGAAUUUAUUAUCGUGGUUACGGGAGAGACCCGUUCAUCUAUGUCGCUUCACAUAGCCCGGAUGGAAAACCGAGGUUUCGCGGCCCAGCGUUUGUAGCUGCAUCGCAAGACGAGUUUAACAAGGCUACGAAGCUAGAUGGCGCCAUCAUUGGGUCCUUAGAUGAGGCUCCGGGUAAAGGCCAGAUCGUCACGUUCAAUCGACCCGAUAAAACCUUCUUCCACGUUAUAUACGGUCAGGAAGAGCGAAUAACGAGCGCGCAGGAACCGUCGGCAAUACAUGACCAGCUGGGCCCAUUUAACAAGCCGUUUGAGAAGCCGAGGCGAGGCAAGUUUCAGCGCUGUCACGAGGGACCGGCACUCGUCCAUAAGUUAGGUCAUUUUGGCUACGUGGUUCCUGACUUUGAUGCCGAACUGGCAUGGUACACCGACAACUUCAACUUUGUGCCAUCUGACAUUCUCUAUCACUGGGACUUUUCGAACAUGGAUGUGUUGACGUUUAUGCAUCUCGACUUGGGUAAGGAAUAUUCCGACCAUCAUUGUUUCUUUAUGCAGCGAGCCGAACCACGCGUUAAGAAGACGUUCCUUCAUCAUACAUCGUACGAGGUUGAGGACUUCGACACGCAGCUUAUUGGGCACAACUGGCUGGCAAAAAAGGGCUGGAAGAGCGUGUGGGGGGUAGGUCGUCACAUACUCGGCAGCCAGAUCUUUGACUACUGGGCGGAUCCCAGCGGUUUCAAAAUAGAACAUUACGCCGACGGAGAUGUGGUCAACCAGGACACUCCUACAGAGAGAGAUGUUGUGGGCUCAUUUUCUAUUUGGGGACCCGAAGUGCCUAAGGAUUUUGGAGAGAAAGGAGAGAUUGCUUGACCUUACUUUAUUCAUAAUUAGCCGCGUUUUAUUAUUUAUAUAUAUAUAUGUGUGUAUUUACACUAAGUAUAU